AUGGGUACCCGCGUGAAGGUCCUGAAUGUAUUUAAAUCGCUGCACAGAGCAAGGAUGGCUGUGUUCAAAGAUGACGAGAGGGCACUGACAGCCGCAAGAUCAAAAAUUAAUGAGGAGUUCCGUAAAAAUAAACAGGAAUCAUCAGAAGAAAACAUUAUAGAGAUGAUCAAAAUGGGUUCCGACGUGGAAGCAGUCCUACGCACAGGCGUGCUUCAAAUGGAGCAUGUCGGCGACAAAAAGCUCUUGCUUCGACCCAGAGAGGAUCUGCUACUAGAAAAUGUGCCCUUUUGUGACCAGCCCAGGAAAAAGUCAUGA